AUGAUGCUGUCGACUCUCCGAAUCGCCACCCGACACGCCUCCCGUCGGCCGGCGUCUUCCAGCCUUGCCGCCGCCGUUCGCGCCGCUUCGACGUGGUCAGCUGUUCCCCAAGGGCCUCCCGCCAUUCUAGGAAUCACCGAGGCCUUCAAGGCCGACAAGUCCGACAAGAAAAUCAACCUAGGUGUUGGAGCGUAUCGCGACGAUCAGGGCAAGCCUUACGUUCUGCCUUCUGUCCGAGCGGCCGAGAAAAAGGUCAUUGAGGACAAGCUGAACAAGGAGUAUGCCGGCAUUACUGGUGUUGCAGAGUUCCCGGCCCUGGCAGCCAAACUUGCCUACGGCGCCAACUCGCCCGUUCUCGACCGCGUCGCCGUUACUCAGUCUAUUUCUGGCACUGGUGCCUUGCGCCUCGGGGCUGCUUUCCUGCAGCGCUUCUUGCCCGGCGAAAAGAAGAUGUACAUCCCGACUCCCUCGUGGGCCAACCACAAGGCCGUCUUCAGCGAUUCUGGCCUCCAAGUUCAACAGUACCGUUACUAUAACAAGGACACCAUUGGCCUCGACUUUGAGGGCAUGGUUGCUGACAUCAAGAAUGCUCCCAAGGGCAGCGUUUUCCUCUUCCAUGCCUGCGCCCAUAACCCCACUGGCGUCGACCCGACUGCCGAGCAGUGGAAGCAAAUCUCGUCCAUCGUCAAGGAUCAGGGCCAUUUUGCCUUUUUCGACAUGGCGUACCAGGGCUUUGCCAGUGGUGACACUGACAAGGAUGCCUUUGCCGUCCGCUACUUUGUUGAGCAGGGUCACCAGGUUGCCUUGUGUCAGUCCUUUGCCAAGAACAUGGGCCUCUAUGGUGAACGCGUCGGAGCCUUUUCUCUCGUUUGCGCCGAUGCUGCAGAGAAGAAGCGUGUCGACUCUCAGCUCAAGAUUCUCAUCCGUCCCUUGUACUCGAAUCCUCCCAUCCACGGUGCCCGCAUCGCUACCGAGAUUCUGAGCAGCCCCAAGCUGUACAAGCAGUGGCUUGGUGAAGUCAAAGAUAUGGCCGACCGAAUCAUCACCAUGCGGGCUCUGCUCAAGGAAAACCUCGAGAAGCUCGGCUCCAAACACGACUGGUCUCACAUCACCAGCCAGAUCGGCAUGUUUGCGUACACUGGCCUUGGUGCCAAUGAGAUGGAGAAGCUCGCCAAGGAAUUUUCUGUAUACGCCACCAAGGACGGGCGCAUCUCCGUUGCUGGAAUCACCACCGGCAACGUUGGCCGACUGGCCGAGGCUAUUUACAAGGUCAAAGGCUAG